AGGAGGCGGCACAGGAGAGGCAGGCAGUGGGCCUCCACGGCGGUACAUGGUUGCUUUUUCUUGCUUUCCGUGCCUUGUCUGCUGUUGUUAGUGCUGGACUGCAGUGCGGACUCCCUGGCUGACCUUCGGGUCAAGGAAGUGCUCCCCGUGUCUAAGUCUGUGGGUGACUGCCUCAUGCUUCACCAGGCAGUGCACCCUGAUCUGAAAGAGCCCUCAGGGAUGGCUGCUAUGCUGGGGGAUGCCAUCAUGCUGGCCAAAGGCCUUGCCAAGCUGACCCAGGCAGCUGUGGAGACUCACCUGCAGAACUUGGGCCUUGGUGGGGAGCUCAUCUUGGCAGCCAGGGCCCUGCAGUCUACCGCUGUGGAGCAGAUCAGCAUGGUCUUUGGGAAGGUGCAGGGUCAGGAUAAGCAUGAGGAGUCAUAUGCUGCCGAGAACUUUGAAGAUUUGGAAGCUGAGGUUCAGUUCUCAACACCACAGGCAGCUGGAGCCUUCACGGACUUCUCUGAAACCUCUUCGCCGGACCAUCCAUCAUCAUCAUCCCUGGGUCAUGCCCACAGUGAGGGCCCAGCUGCUACCUAUGUCUCUAGUGGACCCUUCAGGGAAGCCGGGCUCUCGGGACAGGCCACCUCUCCUAUGGGCAGAGUCAAUGGGAGGCUCUUUGUAGACUGCAGAGACGUGUUCUUGGCCAAUGGCAUCCAGCGAAGAUUCUUCCACCAGGACCAGUCCCCUGUGGGGGGCCUCACGGCUGAAGACAUCGAGAAGGCCCGGCAGGCCAAGGCUCGCCCUGAGAACAAGCCACACAAGCAGAUGCUCAGUGAGCGGGCUCGGGAACGGAAGGUGCCAGUUACCCGGAUUGGGCGGUUGGCCAACUUUGGAGGUUUGGCUGUAGGUCUGGGCUUUGGGGCCCUGGCUGAAGUCGCCAAGAAGAGUCUGCGCUCCGAGGACUCCACAGGGAAGAAAGCCGUGCUGGAUUCUAGCCCCUUCCUGUCAGAGGCGAAUGCAGAGCGCAUCGUGAGUACACUGUGCAAGGUGCGCGGGGCAGCGCUGAAGCUAGGCCAGAUGCUGAGCAUCCAGGAUGAUGCUUUCAUCAACCCUCAUCUGGCCAAGAUCUUUGAGCGGGUGCGGCAGAGUGCUGACUUCAUGCCACUGAAACAGAUGACGAAAACCCUCAACAACGACCUGGGCCCACACUGGCGGGACAAGCUGGAGUACUUUGAGGAGCGGCCCUUUGCGGCUGCCUCUAUAGGGCAGGUGCACCUGGCCCGAAUGAAGGGCGGUCGUGAGGUGGCCAUGAAGAUCCAGUACCCUGGCGUGGCCCAGAGCAUUAACAGUGACGUCAACAACCUCAUGGCUGUGCUGAACAUGAGCAACAUGCUUCCAGAAGGCCUGUUCCCCGAGCACCUGAUUGAUGUGCUGAGGCGGGAGCUUGUUCUUGAGUGUGACUACCAGAGGGAGGCUGCCUAUGCCAAGAAGUUCAGGGAGUUGCUGAAGGAUCACCCCUUCUUCUACGUGCCCGAGAUUGUAGAUGAGUUAUGCAGUCCCCACGUGCUGACCACCGAGCUGAUAACAGGCUUCCCCUUGGACCAGGCGGAAGGGCUGAGCCAGGAAGUUCGGAACGAGAUCUGCUACAACAUUCUGGUGCUGUGCCUGAGGGAGCUGUUUGAGUUCCAUGUCAUGCAGACUGACCCCAACUGGUCCAAUUUCUUUUAUGACCCUCAGCAGCACAAGGUGGCUCUCCUGGACUUUGGGGCAACUCGGGAAUACGACAGAUCCUUCACUGACCUCUACAUUCAGGUCAUCCGGGCUGCUGCUGACCAGGACAGGGAGGCCGUGCUCAAGAAGUCCAUAGAGAUGAAGUUCCUAACUGGCUAUGAGGUCAAGGCUAUGGAGGAUGCCCACCUAGAUGCCAUCCUCAUCCUGGGGGAGGCCUUUGCCUCAGAAGAGCCCUUUGACUUUGGCACCCAGAGCACCACUGAGAAGAUCCAUAACUUGAUCCCCGUCAUGCUGAAGCACCGCCUCAUCCCGCCCCCGGAGGAGACCUACUCUCUGCACCGAAAGAUGGGCGGCUCUUUCCUCAUCUGCUCCAAGCUGAAGGCUCGCUUCCCCUGCAAGGCCAUGUUCGAGGAAGCCUAUAGUAACUACUGCAGGAUGAAGGCUGGGCUGCUGUAGGCUAGGCAUGGACCAGGCUGACGAGGGGUCACGCUCCUUCAGGCUCAGCAAGGCAGACGGAGGAUGUUCAGAGGGAGCCAUGCCUCCAGGAGUAGGAAGAGAGCUCUGCAGAGACCCCAACUGCUGCUUCUCAACUGUCAAGACAAUAAGGCAGGCUGUUUUUGCCAUCUCCUCCCUGCUGUGGAUGCCCACAGGGACACGGAGCAAAGUAAGACUAGACCCCAUCCUUGGGGCCUCGUUGGCCAUGCAGAAUGAAUUCUUGUGGUUCUGGGUGAGCUUGUGUCCCUGCCCUUUGCCAUCCCAGCCCGUGGCCUGGAGCUCAGGACAAUAGGGCAGCCAUCCGAGCCCCAUCUCAGCAUGGACAGCAGACCCUUAAAGCAGGGCUGGAAGAGCAGCAGGAUUCCGGCAUGUUCCAGGAGAGGUAGUUGCCAUCCCUGGCCCAGGGGAUCAACAGAGGCUCUGUUCGUAUGUCUUGAAUUACAGUCACACCUUUUCGUUCAAUAAAGAAGUGUGUUGGGGACUGCCA